ACACUUUUGAUAAAAACAAAAACUAAAACUCAUUAAAUUAAGAAUUAAUUUAUGAAAACAAACGAAAUGGAAAUAUUAUAAAAUACUUAUUGUAACGUUUUAAUGCUAUCUUUAUUAAUUACAUGAACAAUUAAGUUUGGAGUUAUUUUUCGAUAGCUAAAUAUGGCAGGAACAUAUUACUUUGUAAUAGUGGGCCACUCGGACAAUCCUAUAUUCGAAAUAGAUUUCAUUCCCGUCACCAAAGAAGUAAAGAAGGAAGACAACAGGCACUUGAAUCAGUUCAUAGCUCAUGCAGCUCUUGAUUUAGUUGACGAGCAUAUGUGGAAGGUCACCAACACAUACCUUAAAUCUGUUGAUAAAUUCAAUCAAUGGUUUGUCUCUGCAUUUGUCACUGCUAGUCAGAUGAGGUUUAUAAUGGUACAUGAUGCACGCAAUGAAGAUGGCAUCAAGAAUUUCUUUACUGAUGUUUACGAAACCUACGUAAAACUUCUCUUAAAUCCAUUCUACAAAGAGGACACUAUUAUAACAUUCCCAGCAUUUGAGAAGAAAGUUCAGCUACUCGGCAAGAAAUAUUUAACUUAGACUUGAUUAUAAUGUAUGUUUAGAAUAUUAUUUGGUCAUCGAGUCAAUAAUCGAAACAAUUAUUUACUUUAAACUUUGAACAGAUACUAUACAAAUUAAGAAACUGUACAAUUUUGUAAAGUUACUUAUUUUAAAUUCAGAAACAUUAAAACAACCACUUUGUUACAAAACAUUUAU